UUCCUAUUUGAAAAAUUCCUGAUAUCUGAAAAAAAAUUCAAAAAUACCGAGUGGGAGCAGCCGCAUUUUAGAAUUUUCAUUUUCUUUCAUUUUCCUCCCCUUCCUUAAUUCUUCUUUUUCUAUCUCAUCCAUUUUCCACUCCAGCAUUUUGCAUUUCCAGGGUUAGGGUUUUGCUGUUCUCCUGUAUAUAAGCAAAGACAGAGAUGGGGCAACAGUCGCUGAUCUACAGUUUUGUCGCUCGAGGCACUGUGAUUCUGGCGGAGUACACUGAGUUCACUGGGAAUUUCACCAGCAUCGCCUCUCAAUGCCUCCAGAAACUCCCUGCUUCCAACAACAAAUUCACAUAUAACUGUGAUGGUCACACCUUCAAUUACCUCGUUGAAAACGGCUUCACCUACUGUGUGGUUGCAGUCGAAUCUGCUGGCAGACAGAUUCCAAUUGCCUUUCUGGAGCGAGUUAAGGAAGACUUCAACAAGAGAUAUAGUGGAGGAAAAGCUGCAACUGCUCAGGCCAAUAGCCUGAACAGAGAGUUUGGCUCCAAACUAAAGGAGCACAUGCAGUAUUGUGUGGAUCAUCCUGAAGAAGUCAGCAAGCUUGCAAAAGUGAAGGCUCAAGUUUCUGAAGUUAAGGGUGUGAUGAUGGAAAACAUUGAGAAGGUUCUUGAUCGUGGUGAAAAGAUUGAGCUGCUGGUGGAUAAAACUGAGAACCUUCGCUCACAGGCACAAGAUUUUAGACAACAGGGAACUAAGAUGAGAAGGAAGAUGUGGCUUCAGAAUAUGAAGAUAAAAUUGAUUGUUUUGGGCAUUAUCAUUGCUUUGAUUCUGAUAAUAGUGUUAUCCAUUUGUCAUGGCUUCAAAUGUUAAUUUCUGUUGAAUUUCAUUGGAAUGCUAUCCUUGCUGCCAAGCUGACCAGAUUGUCUGGCUUAAAAUGUGUCGUGUUGCUUCUGAUGAUCCAUCUUGCAGAUCUCUCUCUCUGUGGAGUCUUUUUAGGUUAAACCUUUGCACUUAUGUUAGCCAUUAGGGAUGUGAGAAGGUUUAUAUUUUGGAUUAGUUGUAUAGGUUAUAUGUUGAACUUUCUUCUGGUAGAUAAUUUUCUUUGUCCUUAUAAUGUUUGUUUAAGAUGUAAUGAAGGAUAACUAAAAUCCUGCAGUUAGAUUGCCCUUUGGAAUGUUAUUAACGUAUGUCUUUUUGAUA